UCCAACUCCGUGUAAGCCAGUCAGAGAGCGUCUGAGCACGCACACGUGCACACCGCGCCUCCCUUCACUGGCCUCAUGGUUCACGCGCGCAGCCACGCGCACACACCUUCUCAGACCCGAAAAGAGGAGAGGAGAGGAAAGGUGUGGAGCGCGCUCUAACUUCUCUGUGCGCUCCAACUUGACUUUCGGCUUGCUGUUCUGCAACAGCACGCGGAUUUUUAUUCACGUUUGUUUUUUCCCCGUCCUAAACUGAGGAGAAUCACUUUGAUGAACAGACUGGAGUCUCUUAAAUAGUUUGUUCCAUAUAUUUAUCCCGCGUAAACAGAAGAGGAGGAAAGAAAGAAAGAUGGAUGAACGGAGUUAUUCUUGCGUUUUACUGACGGCUUUCUUAUUACUUUUGGGAUUUACUGAAGGACAAUUCUUUCCAGGUGGCUGUACAUUUGAGGAGUCGUAUAGCAGCUGUGGGUACAGCGUGUCUCUGGGAACCAAUGGAUUUACUUGGGAGCAAGUGAACUCCUGGGAAAAAACCACCUUGGACCCUGCCCUGCCAACUGGUUCAUACAUGGUGGUAAACGCAUCAGGACGUGCUUCUUGGCAGAAGGCUCACCUGUACAUGCCGGUCCUGAAGGAGAAUGACACCCACUGCAUCGACUUCCUUUACUCUUUAUCCAGCAGGGACGGAGCCAGCCCCGGCACUCUCAAUGUUUACAUCAAGGUAAACGGCGGGCCCCAGGGCAACCCCGUUUGGAACGCGUCUGACACCGUCACUGAGGGCUGGGUGAAAGCGGAGCUGGCUAUUUCUACCUUCUGGCCCAAUUCCUACCAGGUAAUAUUUGAAGCGGUUUCAGUCCAAGGCCAUCCGGGGUACAUCGCCGUCGACGACAUACGAGUCCUGGCUCACCCCUGCCGUAAAGCUCCACACUUCUUGCGCCUGCAGAACGUGGAGGUCAACGUGGGUCAGAAUGCUACAUUUCAGUGCACAGCUGGAGGGAAGUGGUCUCAGCAGGAUAAACUCUGGCUGCAGCAGUGGAACGGCAAAGACACGGCGCUGAUGGUGACCAGAGUGGUGAACCACCGCCGUUUUUCAGCAACUGUCAGCGUUGGUGACACAUCUCAGCGCAGCACCAGCCGCUACCGCUGCGUCAUCCGCUCAGAUGGAGGUUCUGGGGUAUCCAACUAUGCUGACCUCAUUGUUAAAGCUCCACCAACUCCCAUUGCACCACCAGAGCUUCUUGCUGUUGGCGCCACCUACCUUUGGAUAAAACCCAAUGCCAACAGCAUCAUUGGAGAUGGGCCCAUCAUCCUGAAAGAAGUCGAGUAUCGUACUACUGCAGGGAACUGGGCAGAGACCCACGUGGUUGAUUCCCCCACUUACAAACUGGGGCAUCUGGAUCCAGAUGUGGAGUAUGAGAUCAAAGUCUUACUUUCCAGACCUGGAGAAGGAGGGACCGGACCCCCAGGUCCACCGUUGGUCACCAGGACUAAAUGUGCAGAUCCAGUCCAUGGCCCCCAAAAUGUCAAUGUGGUGGAUGUCAGAGCUCGUCAGCUGACCAUCCAGUGGGAGACUUUUGGGUACGCUGUGACACGCUGCCACAGCUACAAUCUGACGGUGCAGUACCAGUAUGUGUUCAACCAGCAAGAGUUUGCAGCUGAAGAGUUGAUCCAGACAUCCUCACACUACACGCUGAGGGGGCUAAGGCCCUUUGUCACCGUUAGACUGCGGCUCGUCCUCGCCAACCCAGAGGGCAGCAAGGAGAGCGAGGAGAUCGUCAAACAGACGGAGGAGGACGUGCCAGGCUCUGUGCCCAUGGAGUCCUUGCAGAACACGCCGUAUGAGGAGAAGAUCUUCAUGCAGUGGAAAACUCCCAACGAGACCAACGGGGCCAUCACUUUGUAUGAGAUCACCUACAAGGCGUUGAGCUCACUGGACCCCAGUGCUGACCUGACCACACAGAGGGGCCGCGUGUUUAAGCUGAGAAACGAGACCCACCACAUGUUUGUGGGUCUGUACCCCGGAACCACAUACUUCUUCACCCUAAAAGCCUCUACUAACAAAGGCUUUGGCCCGCCUGUCACAAAUCGGAUCACUACCAAGAUAGCAGCCCCCAUGAUGCCUGAGUACGACUCUGAAAGCCCACUCAAUGAAACAGAGACGACCAUCACCGUCCUCCUGAAGCCUGCUCAGUCCCGUGGAGCACCGAUCAGCUCUUACCAGCUUGUUGUGAAAGAGGAGCGCAAGUCUAAAACCCGCCGAGCCGCCCCUGAAGGCCUCGAGUGUUUUUCUGCUCCGGUCAGCUUCCGCAAUGCCUCCAUCUUGGAUUCGCCGUAUUACAUUGCCGCUGACUUGCCGCCAUCCAGCCUCACGGUGGUGCAGCCCUUCACAGUGGGGGACAACAAGAGCUAUGGUGGCUUCUGGAAUCCUCCGCUGUCACCCGCCAAGAGCUACAGCAUCUUCUACCAGGCCAUGAGUAGGGCUAAUGGGGAAACCAAAAUCAACUGUGUCCGCCUCGCUCACAAAGUGGUAAUAGGUAGGGGACAAAUAACAACGCCAUACAUUCUAGUCAUCCCGAGCGAAGGUGCAUCCACACAGGAUUCAGAUGCCAUGGAGCCGGAGAAGCAGGUGGACAGCACUGUGAAAAUGGCGGGAGUGAUUGCAGGAAUUCUCAUGUUCAUCAUCAUCCUCCUCGGACUCGUCCUCACCUUCAAGCGCAGAGAGAUUCACACGUGGAGAACUCUGAGCGUGGGGAAGUUGGCAAAAAAACAGAAAGAGACGGCCAGCAGCUCCACUCAGCAAAGGGAGAUGGGACCUGUCACCACAGCUGAUAAGAGCACCACCAAAGUCAGCACCCUGCACAAAGAUGACCCCUUCUCCACCUCCAACCAGGACCUCAACGGCUUCAUCUCUCCCUCCCCCUGCUCCUUCUCUGUGCAGGGAAGCAAGACACUGCAGAGCAAAUCCCUGCUGAAUUCCUACUACUCAGUGUCCAAAGAGCCUGUUCCAGCCACAACGUCUAUAGACAGCAGUCAGCCGUCUCUGUCCCAGCCCUCCCUGACCUUGCAGAGCUUUCCGUACGGAGGCUGUGAGUCUGUGGAACUCUCCUAUCAGAGCGGUCAGUUUCAGGCUGGCCAGUUUCAGCCUGCAAUACGGGUUGCAGAUCUCCUCCAACACAUCACUCAGAUGAAAUGUGGACAGGGUUAUGGUUUCAAAGAAGAAUACGAGGCUCUGGCAGAAGGACAGACGGCGCCCUGGGAAACUGCUAAGAAGGACGAAAACCGCAACAAGAAUCGCUAUGGCAACAUCAUCGCAUAUCCCACAGACGAUCACACCAGGGUCCGACUGCAGCUGCUGGAUGGAGACCCCCACUCUGACUACAUCAAUGCCAAUUACAUUGACGGGUACCAUCGACCCAGACAUUACAUCGCCACACAAGGGCCCAUGCAGGAGACGGUGAGGGAUUUCUGGAGGAUGGUUUGGCAGGAGAACACGGCUUCAAUCGUCAUGGUUACAAAUCUGGUGGAAGUGGGAAGGGUAAAGUGUGUUCGUUAUUGGCCAGAUGAGACCGAAGUGUACGGAGACAUCAAGGUGACGCUUAUAGAAACGGAACCCCUCGCAGAGUAUGUCAUCCGAACCUUCACAGUCCAAAAGAAGGGCCAUCACGAGAUCCGGGAACUCCGUCAGUUCCAUUUCACCAGCUGGCCCGACCACGGCGUCCCUUGCUAUGCCACAGGAUUACUUGGUUUUAUUCGACAGGUCAAAUUCCUCAACCCUCCAGAUGCUGGACCCAUAGUGGCACACUGCAGUGCUGGAGCUGGGAGAACAGGCUGUUACAUCGCUGUGGAUAUCAUGUUGGACAUGGCAGAGAACGAGGGAGUUGUGGACAUUUUCAAUUGCAUCCGAGAGCUGAGGUCCCAGCGUGUCAACAUGGUUCAGACUGAGGAACAGUAUGUGUUUGUUCAUGACGCCAUCCUGGAGGCGUGUCUGUGCGGGAACACCGCCAUACCAGUGUGUGACUUCAGAGCGAUUUACUACAACAUCAGCAGAAUAGACCCACAGACCAACUCCAGCCAGAUCAAAGAUGAGUUUCAGACUCUUAACAUAGUAACUCCAAGAGUCCGUCCAGAGGACUGCAGCGUGGGUUUGUUACCCAGGAACCACGAUAAGAAUCGCAGUAUGGACGUUCUGCCUGCAGACCGAUGCUUGCCUUUUCUCAUAUCUGUGGAUGGAGAGAGCUCUAAUUACAUCAAUGCUGCAUUAAUGGAUAGUCACAAACAGCCAGCAGCCUUCAUUGUUACACAGCAUCCUUUGCCAAACACCAUAAGCGACUUCUGGAGGUUGGUGUUCGACUACAACUGCUCCUCCAUUGUGAUGCUCAAUGAGAUGGAUGCAGCACAGCUAUGCAUGCAGUACUGGCCAGAGAAAAACUCGUGCUGCUACGGCCCAAUUCAAGUGGAGUUCAUUUCAGCGGAUAUUGAUGAGGACAUCAUCAACCGAAUCUUCAGGAUCUGCAACAUGGCCAGGCCACAGGACGGUUAUCGCCUGGUGCAGCACUUCCAGUUCAUCGGUUGGCCAGCGUACAGGGACACGCCCCUUUCUAAGCGCUCCAUUCUACAGCUGGUCAGAAGGUUGGCUAAGUGGCAGGAGCAGUACGAUGGUGGCGAUGGAAGAACUGUGGUACACUGCCUUACUGGAGGAGGGCGUUCCGGAACGUUCUGUGCCAUCUGCAGCAUCAAUGAGAUGAUCCAGCAGCAGAAUAUUGUGGAUGUUUUCCACACUGUGAAAACACUGAGGAACAACAAGACGAAUAUGGUGGAGACUAUGGAACAGUACAAGUUCUGCUAUGAGGUGGCUCUGGAGGCGCUCAACUCCUUCUGAUUGGAGUCUGCAAUUUUCCACUGACGCUGCCUGUCAUGCCGUUGCAACACUGGGACACACAAAGUGCAAAACUGCUUCUUUUUGACCUGAAUCCUUCUUGAGUGCAUGUGUGCCUGUGUGUGUGUGUGUGUGUUUUUUGAAAGUGUGUGCAUGUGUCUAAGGAAGGGAAGGCAUGUUCGCAUUUGUGAGCGUGUGUAUAUCUAUAUGUGUGCCUGUGACAACACAUACUCGCCACUUGUACAUAAAAAUAGGGGGGGGGGGGGUGACAAACAGACACACACGUUAUUUUAAACUGUGUGUUCACUGUUGCCACACGCUGGACUCUACAUGCUUGUAAAAAGAAGACAACAAAAAUAUGUCAAAAAAGUAAAUCAGAUGUUUAAAAGAAGCAUCACUUUUUCCUUCAUUCUUACUUUUGUCCUCUCUACCAGACCGUGAUGUGACUACUGUACAGUAUCUUCUUUUUAGAUAUAUUCUCCACCUUGAAUGUUGUCUCCCUCAGAAGGCUGGAAGCACACUGAAAGACUAAAUCCAUUUAAAAUCAAUGAACAGCUGUUAGAGAUGAACAGUUUUGCAGACAGUGCCUCUUGUCCAGGUAAAUGUUGAACCUUUGUACUUGUGUUACAAUCGCCUCAAAGAAAAAGCCAUUUUUUUCUUCCGUUUUUCUUUUAACUGCAUUAAGUCAGAAUCAAUACCGCCUGUUUUUCAAAUAAAUAGCACCACUUUGUCCAUUACAAAACAAAAUUAAGGAAGUUGUUAGAUAGAAUAGGUGUCAAUAGAACACAAACAACAUUCCAACAACCAGAGAGGAAGUAAAGCCUACAUUUCCUGUAGUACUUUGUUUUUUUAACAAAAUAUUGCUAAGCAUGUUUGGGUGAUUAUUGUGUUACUUGUAGGACACAACUAUGAGAGUGCCUCAUUUUUAUAUUCAAAGAAAGUAAUUUUGAUGCUUCUUGGAGUAAUUAACACAUGUGUAUUAAUACAUUAAUACACAGGUAGAGUCACAUGUCCUUACAGACUGUCAGUAGCAUAAACAACAUUAUUGGUUUAACGACAUACAAAGCCUGAAUACUCCAACCUGUCAGUCUUGAUUGAUGAUCCCAUCAGCUUUAGCACCAAUCCACUCUAUUAAGAGAUGGAGAACAAGGCCUGUAAAAGCAAAAAAGAACCACAUUAUCUGCUGUUAGUUCGGACUUUUGUUGUAAAAAUAAUUUUGCGAUUUGAUUGACAUGAGAAGCUCUGUCAAGAAUCAUUGACAAAGAGCAUCCAGAGUAGAGUUCAGCUUUCACUAGAAACAAGUCUCUUUUGUGAACUAAGCUCUGGCUCUGCUUGCAUAUAAAUGGGCGGGCAACCAAUAGAAGACCAUGUUGUUGUUGUUCACCUUUCAGCAUAUCCCUUCAGGGGUUCCCCACAGCAAAUCAGCUUUCAUUGAUUUGCACAGGUGGAUUGGCAGAGAUUUUGACAACGGAUGCCCUUAUCCGGGCUUGGGACAGGCACAAGGGGACCCAGCCUCCUCAUGGCUACAUAGUCAGGCAGUAGUGUGAAGAGCCACACUGGAUGAAGCUCAUCACGCCCCAUGGGAAAUGAACCCUGGUUUCCCAUGAGUCCUACAUGCAGGCCACUGAGCAAUCCAGCCGCUCAACCAAAAACAGUCUAUAUUUCCGUAAAUUCCAUGUCAGAUAUUUUUGUAAAACUCAAUGGAAUGCCUUUUCAAAGUCCAUAAAACACUUGUGGACAGUAUGUGGAAACUCCCAACAUGCCCCAGAGGAUCCUGGCUGGUGUAAGAAGCCAGUGUGGCACAUUCAGGGCUGUAAUCUGGGAGAGCCAGUCAAACCUAAGGGUGUCAGGUAGGGAAGCCUUAGCCCCAGGUUUUAGAGUCUUUAGUUGUGAGCCAGGUGUGGAAUUAAACCCACAGACACAACAAUGAUCCCUGACAUUGACUUUUAAACAAAAAAGUCACGAUCAUUGUGCAUCCCUGUUUGGAUCAGGAUAGCAGACUUUAAAAGAGUUACUAACAACUUUACUCAUGUCUACUGCAAAAUGUGUUUAAAGUUGCUGCAUCACUUUUAAUGACAUGGCAUAUUUAAAUGUAAAAUAUCUUCUAUUUUACCACCCAUUCCAAAAGAUUGCAGUUCCUUCUUAACUGCACCAAAUUAUUAAUAUUUACAUUCUACCAGAUUAAAAAUAAGAAAGGAAUUUAUUUUCUUUCAAAAGAAAAAAUAAUAAAGACUGUACCAAAGUAAAUUAAACUGCACCCUUCAACAUCUUCUAUCUUACAGUGUGCCUCCACCCUUUCUGUAAAUAAUAAGACAACCACAGUCAAACAAUCAAACGCCAGAAGCAACCCAAGUGAAAAUUAUUUUGAAUAGCAUUUAAUUGUUUGUUCUUUUUAGUAACUAUAGUUUUGAAGUUUCUCCAAACUGUCCACUUUGAUGUCUUAUCUGAAAGAUAAAAGGAACUCUUGUGUGAAAUUCACUUGUGCCCAUUUCAGGUGUCAACAAUCAAAUCUCCCGUUAUGACUGAAGUGAUGCCUCUUACUACAGAAAUGAUCUCUGCACCCACUACUUUGCUCUGUGAGAAUUCAAUUCAAUUCAAUUUUAUUUGUAUAGCCCAAAAUCACAACAACAGUCGUCUCGAUGGGCUUCGAAGUAAAACAUGAAAUCAAAAGGAUCACGAAUACAAAGAGUUCAAUAGAAAAAUACUAAAAUGAACUAACAAACUGACUAAGCUAUACUGGCAUCCCUGCCCUUAGACCCCCCUUCGCGGUAAGGAAAAACUCCCAAAAAGAAUGGCCUGUGGAAAGCAGACGUAUUGGUCCAGAUUUUAUAAUGGACAUCUGCUUAACUGCAGCACCUUACUUUUUUUUUUAUCAGUUUGGCAAAAAUAACAUGCGGUACUUGAAUGAAUAUUUCUAAUUUGGAACAGGCAGGAAUAAAACAACCCAGAACAAUUACAUAACAAAUAUCGGGGGCUAUGAUGUCCCCAUCAUUUCUGAAAUUAAGCCUGAAUGAAAUGAAGACAUCCAAAUAUCCGGUUUUCCUGUUUCUUCUCGUGCAAAGCAGAAAAAAUGAAAAACUCAAGGUUGAUGUUGAUCUUUUCUCGUAAAUCAUUUGAUGAAGUUACGUGUAUGAAGCCAUACAAACUGAGCAUCCCUUUAUAUUAUUUUAUUUCCUUUUUUACUAUUAUUGCUAUCACAUUCGUAUCUCCUGCAGUAAUUUUUUGCCAAAUAAUCCCAACAUUAUUCAGACCCAUUGUGAUUAGACUGAAAUGCCCGGUCAAGUGUCCUUGAUUUUCAUUUAAUUCAUAAGCCAGGGAAAGUCAGGGUGAUGCACUCUGAGUAAAUGUAGAGCCAAAAUUAAUGUUGGAAUGAGAAAAGUCUCUUAAGUGUGCUAUCCAUUUUAAACAUUACAACACAAAGAAGGGUCAUUUAUUUCUGUUCCUUUUACAAACAAAGCAUCCGAUUUGCUUCCCCUGAGGGCCGCACAUUUAAAAAGGCAUUUUAGAAAGUCAUCUCCUUGUUUGAUGGGAAAUGAUUUGACUCGGGGUGAAGGACAGUCAACACAGCAGACGGGGAAAAUGCUGUGGAGGAAGGUGAGGUCACUUUAAAACACAAUUUCUUAGUCUUCUAAUCAAGGCCCAGUUUGCUCUUGUCUAAAAUAAGCUGCAAUGAAGAUUAAACCACCACAUGCCAAUUUCUUUCAUGACUAAGGAUGCAAAUCCUUAUCUGCAAAUCUGCUACUAAUGAAUUACAAUUACUAUAGCAUGAAGAUCAGCUUCUGGUGGACAUCAGAAAGUUUUCAAAAAAGAUUUUCUUAGCGAACAACGCGUGUAAAAAAUGUUGUGGCAAACUGUUUGUGUUCCUUGAGUCCAGUCAGGCUUGUUAUGGACCUACUGAAAAUAGAGUAACAUCACUUUGUUGAAGACGAAAUGAAUGCCAGAGAUCUUUAUCACCCUGUUUCUUUGCGUCAUAGAAAUAUUUGUUUGGUUUCCUCACCUGUAUAUUUUUAUUCUAUUGCUUUUUACAUCUUUUUUCUGGAUUUGUACAUUUCUUUUAUAUAAUUAUAAUUCUGAUGAUUAUUUGUCAAGCAAAGUGCUGUUUAGAUCUUGUGAUGCCAUUAUCAUUGGUUGUUUAGUUGUUUGCAAUGUGGUUAACUUGAAAUAAAGGGACCAAAAUGUUGAA